UACCGACGCUACCAGCACGGGCGAAAACGGGGGAAUGUGAUGGAAUAAGAGCAUGUUUUGCAAUGAGCUGAUUAAUUAUGCAGUGAAAAUAGUUUCAACAUCGAUAGGCACAUCGAAUGGAUCUAGAGUUAACUGGAAUUCUUUAGUAAAAUAUGAAUUGGUUUCACAUUUAACGUUGUUCUUGGCGUCACUGUCGUGAUGUGCGUAGCGUAAACAUUGAGCUGUCUAAACUUUUUGAUGUAAACCCACAAAAGUCGGAUAAAGACAGUGUUGAUUCCGAGGUGUGACUGAACCAAGAUUGGUUGUCUUGAUAACUGUAAUGUAUACCUAUGUGCCCUUUGCAGAAAAUAACAAGUUUUUAUCCAAAUUUCAACCAGUUUCUUGGCUUAUUCGUAAAAUGUUUAUGUAGGCUCCUAUAAACCUGAAUGUUAUCCCGAGAGAGAGUUCUUUAAAACAUAUAUAUGCAGUCUUCUGAAAGUCACGUUUCAAUUUCACUCAAAAAAGUGGGUUUUUUGCCGUGCUAUCAAAUGCCGCUAAUCUAUUGAGUUAAGGCGCCGCAGUUUUCUCAUCUUUAUGUAUCAGCCAAUUUCAAGCUGACAAAAAAGCUGAUGCCACAUAUUAGCCUUGUCAGAUACGUGACCUGGGGGUUGACAUUUGUUUCAUGAAUAAUGUUUUAACUUCAUAAGCAAAGUCAGUUAGUGUUUGUCGCUCCUUUUCGCCAGCAUCACCUGUUUCCUAAUUUAGUUUUAUCGUAGAGCGUAAUAAUAAGAACUCUGUGUUACUUGGUUGUUACUUUGGAGACUAUAUUUCACAAAGCCAUUCUCUGUUUGUGACAAUUUUCAGGUGAAUGCGUAAAAUGCUGUUUUUUCCUCGCCAUAUCACAGUGAUAUCAUUUGUUUUGGUGCUUUACGCAGGCCUUUGGAAAAACAUCGCCGGCCAGAUUAGAGAUGGAGCAGCCAACGUAAGCCAGGCGAGUUCAAUAGAUUUCACUACAGUUUCUUCUCCUAUCGGACCUACUCCUGAUUCUUUCUUCCUUCGUUCUCUGCUCCGGAACUGUAGCCUAGAUAUGGCCCAAGUCACGGGAUCACAGUGGGAAGAUCAAAUGCGCCUUUUUCUUCAACGCAGUUUUAUGGCAGCUGACUCGCGCUACAGCUGUAGCGCUCGGUGUGGACUGGACCAAAGAAAUGCAUCACUGUCGGAUGGUGCAGUUUUUAUACCUUUAUGUUAUUGUGACGAGCUUUGCGAUGACUUUGGUGACUGUUGCUUUGACUUCGAUAAAUUAUGUCGAAAAAAUCUUAGUCCUCAGAGCAGCAACCGUUCUACGAGUGAAAUAUGCUUUGGUGUAAAACAUGAUGAAGUUUCAGCGUACCAUGGUUACGUAAUUUGGAAUACCUGCCCAAAAAACUGGAAAGAAAGAAGCGUGCUGCAGAAAUGCCAGGAUGAAGAUGAAAGUGAUCUUUUAAGGAAUUUACCAGUUUUUGACGAAGAUAGUCACGUGACUUACAAAAAUAUAUUCUGUGCGAGGUGCAAUGCUGCACUAAAUACGACAUACUGGAAGAUUAUAUUUGAUUGUGAGGAAUGGUUUAAUGUUACAACUUUUAAUUUUACCAGUGAUCUGGGCCUUUUACAGCGGAGAUGUUCAAUUGAUAAAAGGCCGAAAAAUAACCAGCUUAGCUAUUUGAAUCGAUGCAUUCCACGGUUUAAGGACUGCCAUAAAAUAAGCCAAGAUAACAACGACAGUUAUUGCCAAGCCGAGUGCUUGAGGUACGCGUUCCCAGUCUGUGUCAGGGGUCCAGAAAUGCUACGAUUUAGAAACCCACAGUGUGCCUUGUGCAAUGGGUUUAACACGAGUGUUAUGGAAAGCAUUUGCGGAAGGGUCAGCGGGAUAUUGCCUCCUCUCACCAUCUUUUUUGAUUUUACUUCAACGUCUAAGUACAGUAUUGUGAUAAGAGACAGCGUUAAAUACGCGGUUCAACAAAUUGAACAACUUUGGUCCUGCUCGUUUGAUGAGGUGUUCGAUCCAUACACUGGCAGAUGCACAAAGAUAGUUCCAACUGUACCGCAAACAGAUCCUGACCAAAGAGGACGAAACGAAACCGAGCAAUGGAAUCCAAACUGUACAACUGUAAUAGCGUUCAAUGAGUCAGACUACGAACGUCUAUCUAAUGGAAGCAUGUAUUUGAAACUACAUGACAAGAUAUACAGCAACAACACUUUCACGAUACGUGGAAAAAGAUUAUUGCUGUGUGCCAAUUUUUCAAGAAACUUCACUGCAACAGAAAGAGGACCCGGUAUGCGGCGUAAAGUAAUCAAAACGCGAGCAUCUAGAUCUCUCCAGCUUCUCACAUCAAUCGGAUGCAUAUUGUCAAUGAUUUCUCUUAUUCUCCUGCUGAUUACGUAUAUUUUAUUUGCUGAACUCCGCAACUUACCUGGGAAGAUCAUAAUCAACUUGGCGAUUUCCCUGUUGCUGUACCAAAGUGUCUACUUUUCAGCGGUUAAAAAUGACGACCCAGACACUUGCUUGGUAGUUGCAGUUCUUCUUCAUUUCUUUAUUCUGUCCUCUUUCACAUGGAUGAAUGUCAUGGCUUAUGAUGUGCAUCGCACUUUCGUUAACGCUGCAGGUUAGAAUAGCUCUAAAGCAGGCGUCAUUCAGCUCCUGCAUACGGUACAGGGGACAGGCGUUUUAGGAAACGGCCGAAGCUGUUGCACUUUAGAGUGCCAGCUCGCAACUUAGGCGAAUGUGGUUUUUACCACAAUUGCUACUAAUCUCGCAAUCUGAUUGGCUAAUUUGCCGUUGUCGAU